CAUAAUUUCCACUGCUUCAAAAACUUUCUUAAACCUCAAUAAUUUGUGGGGGAAGAGGAAGGAAUCGUAGCCCCCCCUCUAUCAAUGACUUCCUUUUCAUGCAUAUCCUCCAUAUAUAUAAACUAUGCAUCCCCUCUAUCACUAAGGGUUUCAAAACUUCUUUCUAGCAACCUCUCUUCGAAAAGGGUUUAUUAAUAAUUAUAAAUAUCUUCAUAUUUACAAUAAAACGUCAUUUUGCUGCAACAACAAUGGAAGGAGCUGGGAGUAGAGAAUAUAGAAAAGGGUUGUGGACAGUGGAGGAAGAUAGAAUCUUGAUGGAUUACGUGAAGGUGCAUGGCAAAGGGAAGUGGAAUCGGGCAGCAAAAGUCGCAGGCCUCAAGAGAGGAGGCAAAAGCUGCAGGUUAAGAUGGAUGAAUUAUCUAAGCCCUAGUGUUAAGCGCGGGGCUUUCUCAGAGGAAGAGGAUGACCUUAUCAUCCGGCUCCAUAAGCUUCUUGGCAAUAGGUGGUCUCUAAUUGCUGGUCGGAUUCCAGGAAGAACAGAUAAUCAAGUGAAGAAUCAUUGGAACACUCAUUUGAGCAUAAAACUAGGGGUUAAGAAGGGAAAAUCUAAAAUUAGCUCAUCAAAAUUCUCCAAAAAAAUAGAGGCGAGUUUCAAUACUAAAUUAAGUUCAAAUGAGAGGUUAAUUCCCAGUAAUAAGACUGAAACUGAACUCCAAAAUGUGAUAGAAGAUAGUCAUGAAAAGGAAAUAGAAAUCACUAGCACGCAUGAGCCAAUAUUGACAAGUGAUUGCUAUGAGAAUUUUUGGCUUUUUAAUGAUGAUUCAUAUCUAUUUACUCCUAGUUUAAUGGAACUUUUAGACGAGUCUCUUGAAUCUUUUAUGGCAUGACUUGUAAAGCGCCAUUUUGUAUCUCUACUUCUUUUUUUUAAUAAAUAAUUACUUUCCUUUUGUUUUUUA